AUGCGGUCCACCUCUGCGCUGUAUCGCUACGCAUGCGAUGAGGAAGGCUGCGUCUCCCACAGUGAGCUGGUGAAGCUUUUUCAUGGCAUCGACGUGGCCCUCGGCACCGAUGCCGAUGCUACCGCGAAGGCCGACGACAUGACGCCGGCGCCGCCACCGCCGGCGCUCGCCGACAAGAUGCUGCUGGCCUAUGCCCCCAACCUGUGCUUCCCCACUCACCUUACCCUGUCGCAGUCCUACCUCGGCGACGCCGGACUCGCGGCUUUCAUGCGAAUGCUACCGGUGCUGCGGUGGGUGCGCGCCAUCGAAGCGCGCGGCGUCGGCGCAGGCCCCCGCACGAUCGAGGCACUGAGUGGUGCUCUGACGGCGUACUUGGUGGAGGGGUGCGAGGAAGCCGCCGCGCUGCCGACCGUGGCGACAAUGGGCGACUCUGUGUCGGGAGCAGAACAGCUGGCGGGUGGACGGCUUCCAGCCCUGGAGCUGGUGGACUUGCGCGACAACGACGGCAUCUACGCCCUCUCCGGUCAGCGGCUUCUCACUGCCCUCCGCAAGCGGCGCUUGAUGCUGCGUGCAUGGUGCGCCGCCCACGCUGGCGUGGGCGAUGUUGUACCAGCGCUGGAGGUGCUCGUGGAUCUUGACGCGCUCCCGCCGUCCACGGCGAACGCGCUGCAUGAGUGGAACGAGGGGGCCGCGAACCUCAAGUAUCAGCGCAUGCUGGCCCGCGAGACGCAUCGGUGGCAAGAACAAGUGCAGGUGUUCACAGUGCGCAGCGCCGUCAGUGAGGCAAUGAAGUGCAGCGACAGCGACAUGCCAGGCACUGCCGUUGCUGGGGCGGCGGCCGGGCAGCCUGUUGGCGAACACGUCAUCUUCCGCUUACCCUCCUCCGCCGACGGUGAUUCGCAGAUGACACAGAUGACGUGCGAGGUAAACGCGUGCAUGAGCGACUUCCUGACGGCGUCGUGCUGCCUCAGCUCGGCAAAGGAGGCAGCACCACAGCCCGCCCAUGUUGUGAGUGGCUCUUCAUCUCUCGCUUGCCCGCUACCCACCCUGGACGGCGUACGUGCUGCGUUGCAAGUGUGCAUCGACUUCGGCGCCGACACGCUUGCCAUCCUGCCACACACCAACGCUACCCUCUGGUACGUGGCAAGUGUUUGGCAGCAGCAGCAGAAGGAGCAGCAUGCAACGACGCCGUCAAGCAGCGCCGACACCGCCGAAUAUGUACAGCUGAACUACUGGGAGGCAAAGGCGAACGUGGCGGCCCUUCUGCGAGGCCUUCAGGCCAACCCGGCUCUCGAGACGGAGCUGGAGACAUCGUCGCAGGCGGGUGGCGUUGUGAUUCAGCGCCACCUGUAUCGGCUGCGAGAGUUGUACGUGCAACUCGACCAGAACGACGCCCCGCACGAAGACGCGAUCUGCACCGCACGCGUGGCAGGAGUGGGAGCAACACCGCUGAGCGAGAUGGUGGCCCUCUACUACCGAAUCGUCGCCGCCCUCGUCACUCGGCGCUUCUCCGAGACUCACCUUCCCUCGAUGCGAGCGUGCGAGCAGCACAUAUCGGACGUCACCGAGCACGUGCUCAACCACCUCGUGGUCGGUGAGGUGUCUUCAGAAGCGCUGGAGGCACGCAUUGAGCGCCUGCGCAGCUCCACCGAUGCGGGGAGCGUGCCCAGCGGACGGCCCUCUGGCGCUUCUGACUUCAGCCAGAGCACGCGUGCACUGCCUCCGGUGAUGGCGCAGUGCCUGUAUCACCUUCGGCGCCACCAAGCCGAGGCUGAAGCGUGGGUGAAGACGUACGCAGGAACGGCUGUUGCAGCUCCACAGCCGUCGUCGUCGUCGGCCGCCGCUGCCCCCAUCCACGCCUUCCAUGCUUGUCACUGCGCAGACGGGCUGCGACGCCACAUGGACGAGUGCGUCGCACCGACCUCCUCCAAUGAAGGGCUGUCAUCUAACUUGCUUCCGCUGCCGUGCACCUCCUGCUGCUACCAUGCUCUGCAAGCUGCGCAGACACUCCUGCAAAGCCCGGGGGAGGGGUCGUCGGGCGAGUGUGAGCUGUGUGCACGGUGGGCCAUUCUGGAGCCGGUGCGGCGGGCCCUCCCGCGCGAGCUGCGCAUGUUCUUCUUGGAUAUGGUUAUUCGCCAUCGCAGUCGCGUGCGCGGCGGGUGUGCAUACGUUCCGUCGCUGGACUCCGUGACGGGUGUCGGUGCGCCGCUGCCGUUGAGUAUGGUGGACUGGCUGGCAUACACUGAGCACCAGAGCGAGAACUGGGCAAAGGUGCUUCGCGUGUUCGGCGAGUGGUAUCGGCUGCGUGCCUUGGAGUCGUACGGGAUCGCCGAGGCACGUACACUGCUGCGCCAACCGCCCACCUAG